AUGAAGUUCCGUGCAACGAAGGCAUACGUAGAGUCCGCAAUAAAAAUUGGCACACGCACUUAUGAUAUAUCCGAAAUUCAACAGUUGAUUCCUCGUCUCGAAAUCGCUGUUCAACGAAAAGAUGACGAUAUUAAACGACAAAAAGAAGCUAUUGAAGCCCAACAGAGACGAAUCGCUGAACUGGAGGCUAAUGUGGAACUCUACAAGACAGAAUGUGAUAAAUUACGAUGUGUUCUAACGCAGAAAUCAUCCAGAGAUUCCAAUGACUCCGAUGGCAGUGAAUGGACGGAACGGGUCGGAGGUCAGGCGGCAGUUUUAUACGAGAUGAAUGUGCCAUCUAGUGCAGUUAAGUCGCCGCCGCAACGUCCAAAGAAAUUGGCCGUUUCUGCUGAACCAACUGCGGCCGUCCAGAAGAAGAUUGUUCUCAAACAUUAUCCUAAGUCAGCAGGAUCGAAACAACUGAUUCGUGCUGCAGUACAGAAGAACGAUUUUCUGCGUUUUUUGGCUAAAGAGCAAGUAAUUGAAUUGGUGGAGUGUAUGUACGAGAAACGCGUUGAGAUGGGUCAAUGGAUUAUUCGUGAAGGAGAACCAGGAUAUCGUCUCUUUGUUGUUGCGGAUGGUCAAGUGCGUAUCUCUAAAGGUGGUGUUAAACUAUCGGUGCUUACACCACCAGUUGUUAUUGGUGAAUUGGCCAUUCUCUACAAUUGCCAAAGAACAGCAUCAGUGCAAGCGUUGACCGAUGUUACAUUAUGGGUACUGGAACGAGAUAUUUACAAGUCGAUAACCAUGAAAAUUGGAAUGGAGCGACAUUCAGAGAUGAUGGCUUUCCUGCAUAAGGUUUCACUAGUGAAAUCGUUGGGUGAAGACAAGAUAUCCAAGAUGGCUGAUGCAUUCGAUCAAGACUAUUAUGCAGCUGGAAGCUAUAUAAUUCGACAGGGCGAAAGGGGUGAUGCAUUCUUCAUAAUCAAUAGUGGUCAAGUACGUGUUACAAGACAUUUUGAUGGUGAACCAGAAGCACGACAGCUACGUGUUCUUUCGAAAGGCGAUUACUUUGGUGAAAAAGCACUGCUUGGAGAAGAGGUGCGUACUGCCAAUGUGAUAGCAAUGGAUCCUGGAGUAGAAGUGCUGACGCUUGAUCGCGAUUCAUUCACGAGGCUUAUUGGACAUUUGGAUACGUUCAACAAACAUUACGUUGAUAGUGCACCGCCACCAUCUCAUGCUGACUCUGAAGAAAAUGAUGAGAUUGAGCAUCAGCUAGUUACGAAACUAAGACGAGCCACAGAACCAGGCCGUCAGCAGCCAGCCCCAGCACCAGAACAAGACAGCCAGCAUGGAGCAAAUGAGGAAAUAUGGAUGUCAAAAAAUGAAAUUGUCUUCUCGCCCAAGAAAAGAGCCACCCGCAAGGCUGCCAAUGUGAAUUGCACUAAUUUAGAAAGAAGACGUGUCUUCGGAGAGAGAUGGAAGGAAAUGGAACAAACCCAUUUACAGGCCUACUUCGGGCUUCUUAUCCUUGAUGGAGUUUUCAGUGGUCGAUAUGAUUCAGUCGUAUUGGCGAGAAAGGGAAGCGAACAAAUAGCAGAUGAAUUUAAAGAUAUUAAGUUGAGUCAACUGGAUCGAAUAUUUACACUUGGCGUUGGAGGUUUCGGACGAGUUGAUUUGGUUUGUAUUAAUGGCGAUGAAACGAGGACGUACGCACUGAAAACCAUUCGAAAAAAGCACAUCGUUGACACUCACCAACAAGAUCAUAUAUUCGCAGAAAGAAAUAUUAUGCUGGCAACUCGAUCGAAUUUCAUUGUCAGGAUGCAUAGGACAUUCCGUGACACAAGAAAUGUUUAUAUGUUGAUGGAAGUGUGCCUCGGUGGCGAACUAUGGACUAUAAUGCGUUCCCAUAAAUAUUUUGACGAUGAAUCGGCCCGUUUCUAUGUGGCUUGUGUUGUUGAGGCGUUUGAUUACCUGCAUCGCAGGAAUACGGUUUAUCGAGAUCUGAAACCAGAGAACUGCAUGCUUGACUCUAGAGGAUAUCUGAAACUGGUUGAUCUCGGAUUCGCAAAGAAGUUGGAGAAAGGUAAAAAGACGUGGACAUUCUGUGGAACACCAGAAUACGUUGCGCCAGAGAUUAUUCUUAACAGAGGGCACGAUCUUGCUGUGGAUUACUGGGCACUUGGCAUAUAUGUGUGCGAACUUGUACUGGGUAGACCGCCAUUCCAGGCAUCUGAUCCAAUGAAAACGUACACGUUGAUUUUGAAAGGCAUUCGAGGUUUGGAUAUUCCGAAUAAACGAGUGAGUAAAGCUGCUGCGUCGAUGGUCAAAAAAUUAUGCAAAGAUAAUCCGAGCGAUCGUCUCGGUUCAGGAAGUGGAGGUAUCAAUGACAUUCGAAAGCAUAAGUGGUUCAGCGGCUUUGACUGGGAUGGCCUCAGAGCAGGAUCGUUGAAUCCACCGAUAUUGCCACUGAUAACGAGUGCAACUGAUUGUUCAAACUUCGACGAAUAUCCACCUGAAGAGGACGAAGCACCAGAGGAAUUCUCUGGAUGGGAUGAAGGAUUUUGA